AUGGGAAAGUUCGAAUGCGCUGAAGCAGACUAUUUAUCUCUGGUCAACGCCUUUAAACAAGUUAGUUGGAGCAGCUUGAAUGCUACAGACGGCAUGCGUCCAUGGCUCUACCAAACUUGCACGGAAUACGGAUACUACCAGACUGAUUCCUCUCCUAGCCAGCCUUAUGGAUCUGGUAUUAAUACUUUGCACUUUAACAUCCAAAUAUGUAAAGAUAUAUUUGAAGAUGUAUUUGCCGACAAUGCAGAAGAUAUUUUAAAUACCGGCAUUGAAAGGACUAAUGUUGUUUAUGGAGCACUAACUUCAGCCGUAGAUAGGGUCAUAUUUACCCACGGUACAGUAGACCCCUGGCAUUCCAUCGGACUUUUGGAAGAAGUCAACCCAGAAAGUCCAGUGAUCGUAGUAAAAGGAACUUCCCAUUGCCAAGAUUUGCAAUCAAUUUCAUCAGCUGAUUCAGCAGAAAUGAAAGCUGCCAAGAAACGUGUUUUGGAACUUAUAGCAAAAUGGUUGAGCGAAUAAAGUUUUAACAAAG